CCCUUUCUCGCAAAAUGCACUCUUUGCCACUGUUCUCUCUUGGCCCCCCUUCUCUCUGAUUCUCUUCUCCACAGAUAUAUAUAGAGGCUAGAUGCUUCCCCUUUUCUUGGAAAGGAAAAAAUCUGAUGAUCAUAUUCUGUUACUCUCUUCUUCAAGUUGCUUCCCAUAAAAUCACAAGGAAUUCAGUUUCUCUUCCGACAUCUCUGGUAAUAUAUUGCACUGUUCUUCAAUCUGAUCAGGAAGCAGCCAGAGGAAAACCAUAGAAGAAGAAGAUCGAUCAGAAGGCAAAGAUCUUGGCUUCCAUGGAUUUUGUUACAGCAGUGCAAAGCAAUAAUAUUCCCAACAGUACAGCAAACAAUUUCAUAUCCGCCGCUGCCAACAGCUCAUCUCCACCGUCGUCUUUGCCUCCGGCGAGCCGCUAUGAGAACCAGAAGCGGAGAGACUGGAACACCUUCUGCCAGUACCUGAGCAACCACCGGCCGCCGCUCCCCCUGGCCGCGUGCAGCGGCGCCCACGUUCUGGAAUUCCUCAGGUAUCUCGACCAGUUCGGCAAGACCAAAGUCCACAGCCAGAACUGCCCCUUCUUCGGCAUCCCCAACCCGCCGGGGCCGUGCCCCUGCCCGCUCCGGCAGGCCUGGGGCAGCCUCGACGCGCUCAUCGGCCGCCUCCGCGCCGCCUACGACGAGCACGGCGGGAAGCCGGAAACCAACCCGUUUGGUGCAAAAGCAGUGAGGCUCUUCCUCCGCGAGGUCCGCGAUUUUCAGGCCAAGUCAAGAGGCGUCAGCUACGAGAAGAAGAGGAAGCGGCCCAAGCAGAAGCUGCCUCUGCCACCGCCUUCUGUUGCAACUCAGUGAUAAAAACUCGAACUCAGCGCGCAGAACUCCAAACCCUAUUGAUAAUAUUCUACAAAUUCAGCUGUACCAUCUUGGGAAUAAGGGUUGUUCAAUCAAGGGCAUGUAUAGCUUUGUGGGUACCUUCUGUUUACUAUUUUGGGAAACCGUAGGGUUUGGGACUAGUUCAAGUGAGCCAAAAUGUUUCGAUUUCAGGGUACACUUGAUCGUCAGUCUGCCAUUAUCGGAAAAGUAGGGCUUUCUAGGGACUUCCAGGAAUGGAAAUACCAGUAAUUUGCAGUAAGCAAGAUGUCUAUAUGUAAUAGACGCCAUCCAUUACUGUCCUUUACGCAUGAUCUACGUUUUCAUUC